AUGCUCAGAAUUACGGAGCAUCUAGACCGCGAGAAAAAGCAAGAACAUUGGUUUCAGUUGCUUGCAAUUGACAACGGAACACCACAGCUUACAGGAACGUUGACAUUGCGACUAUCUGUGACAGAUGUAAAUGACAACAAACCGAUAUUUCGUAAACCCACUUUUCAUCAGCUCACCUCACAGAUGCUCGUGGAGUUAAAUGGUCGAUCUACAAAUCGAGAAGUCAUUCGGAUACCUGAGACACUUCCGGUAGGAAGCGAAGUGGUGACAUUGGUGGCAGAUGACAAAGAUGAAGGUCAGAAUGCGGCGCUGGAAUAUAGACUUCUGGGAUUCAGAGGCAACGAGGUUGACCCCAUUGGUUCUCAAUGGUUUUGCCUGCACAGGAAAAACGACAGUACGACUCUGCAGAUUGCGGAACCACUAGAUGCCGACAUUCCACAAAGUAAACUAUGGAUGGAUAAUAACGGUGAAGUUUUCGGAUAUUUGGUACAGGUCAAAGUCGAAGCAAUGGAUUCCGGGUCACCUUCACUAUCUAGUACCGUCACUCUGUUGAUCCUAGUUGAAAACGUGAACGAUAAUAAACCGGAAAUCGCCAUACAGUUCACAAAUCCUCUUUAUUUUACUCCAAGCGAUGUAUUUGGCAUCGGUAAUAAAAGUGUUUUUGGUAGCGUCCAAGAAAACUUCAUGGGACCCAGCACCAUUGCUCAUCUUACGGUGACAGAUAAGGAUAUUGUGAUUUUAGCUUCUAUGCCACAAAGCAGCAUUACCAACUGGGAUGACAUUUACUGUGAAACAAAUGACACUCGUUUUUCUUUGGACCAACUACCCUCUAUGUCCCUGCUUGGUCAUACCGAAGGCUCAGAUACAGUUAGACCAAGCACCCUCUCAUAUCUAUACCGAAUGACAGUCUUGCAGGAAUUUGAUAGAGAAGCUUCUGAAUGGAUUUUUGUGCAAGUGACAUGUGUUGACCAGGUGGAGAAAGACUAUGUUCGUUAUGCGUUUCCUCAAGGGAAAUAUCCUGUCGCAUUAAAUUCACUAACCGGGAACCUGUCUUUUCCAUUGAAGAUAAUGGAUAUCAACGAUAAUGCACCGAAAUUCUCCAAGGACGUUUAUCAUUUCAGUGUAAUCGAGACUCCCGGUAACCCAAUGUCUUUCUAUUCCAGCUCUUCCUUAGAAGACUCUUGGACAGUAAUCGGUCAAGUUCAUGCUACAGAUGCCGAUUCCGGAGAGAAUCAAGUUAUCCUCUAUAACUUGUUAACAAACCCAUACAGCGCAUUCCAAAUUGACUCCUCCAAAGGAAUCAUUUCAAGGACAGGUCCGCUUGACCGUGAGGCUGACGAACGCGUGGAAUUAAGUGUUGAAGCUCGUGACCAGGGCAAUCCAUCUUUAUCGAGCACAUGUACGGUGGUAGUGGAUAUCAUGGAUAUUAACGAUCAUCCGCCUUACUGGGUUGCCAGCUCUGCGGAAGGAUUCGCUGACUAUCACACAGGCAGAUCGGAAGACAGUGUAUUUUACUUUUCUGUUUCAGAAGACACUGAGAUCGGACAAGUGAUUGGGUCAAUAAAAGCUAUCGAUCCGGAUGGCACUUCGCACAACGGAUUAUUGCAGACAUCAGUGAACUCAGAGGAAAAAGAAAUGCCAGUUAAGGAUGAAGCAAAGAUCACUUAUCAGUUGGAAACAAUAGAGGAUGCAACUGUGUAUUCAAUAAGUCGGCGUACCGGAGAAUUGCGCUUGAGCCGUAAACUGGAUCGAGAGACCAGAGCGCAUUAUGAGAUCAGAGCCUUCGCCAUAGACAAUCCAUUAGCUGAACGACUUUCGAAAUUUAAACGUAUAUUAGCUGGCCAACAUUGGGAGAAGAUGCGUAGUAUCCAAUACACUGCCACGGCUACGAUUAUUAUAACGGUUUUAGAUGUGAACGAUAACUCGCCGCAGUUUGAAGCUCCCCUAGCCGGACAGGAGUUUCACAUUGAGCUCAACAGUCCACUAAUGACCCCAGGAACUACGCUUUUUACUGCCAAGGCUCACGAUGCUGAUAGUGGCGAAAACGCAACAGUCAACUAUGCACUGGAUGGAUCUGGAUAUGGUUUGUUUGAAAUAGAUCCGACCACCGGAGUGUGCUACAUUCGAGAGGCAAUCUUGCCAUCCACUAUAAUGAAACUUUUAGCAAAUGGCAAAAUUCCAUUCACAGAACAGGUGAACACAAUGAGCCAAAUGUCAAGCACAAAGGAAGAGAGAGCCGAUGCAUUCCAGCCUCCUGCCGAAAUGCGUUUCGUUAGCCUAAGCCUUAUUGUAGUUGCAUAUGACCUGGGGACGCCCAAAAGAUUAAACUCUACUCGCGUUGUACGAGUAAUCUGGAAUGGGCAGAGUGCUAAAGAUAUGCACUCAACUCAUCUAGCGAAUGCUAUGCUUGGGGGUCCAUACAUUUCAAAACUCAUAUUCAGUUCCAGACCGAGCAUCCCCGAACGAUUGUUGAUUCCCUUGGUUGGUGGCGCAUUUUUGUUGUUAAUCGCCGUAUGCGCCGUACUGUUUGGGAUUUCCCGGCAUCGAAAGAAAACCAAUAGCAUCUUAGCAAGGUCAUAUGCAGCUACCACUCAGUCAACGACGAAAGGAUUACGGGUGCGGGAACAUUGGAGCAAACUGGCUUGUUGCGCUGGCACUAUUAUGGAUGACACGAAUAAUGACCGUCAAGUCGAAAGAGAGUGUGUAAAGGAAAAUUCAGAAAAGGCGGAUCAAACUAACAACAGAUUUACACCGUCGAAGCCCCUUGUAGCAGCUAAAUAUCCGCCAGUUUCCAGAACAAUUCAACCCUACUUGCCCGGUAAGUGA